AUAACCAACAGGGCCCUGAUGAUACCCGGGCUCACCAUACCGCGUGACACUCGUGCCGCAUUCACUCGUUAAUCAAUGGCUUGAAGUUUAAAAAGAAGCUUAAAACUAUCGCCAAGUAUUUCCGACUUUUUUUUUAAGCAUCAUUCGAACCACCUUGGGUUAAGUCUCGUCUUGGAGCUGCAAACUAACAAGAUGUCUUCCCGCGAUUCGGAUGCUGCCGAGAGCGAGGCCAAGGUCGCUAGCGCAUUACCUACAGCUGAGCCUCCAAUUAAUCGACGACCUGAAUCAAUUCACAACAAGGACGCGCUUAAUCAAAACAAAGAGAAACUUGCUAUUGAAGAAACCGUCGAGGCCGACGCUGAUCUCGAAAAUGAGGACGAUCCCGAGAUCAGCCAGAUUCCCUACGAGGUCAGGCGAGUCGUUAGUCUUCACGAUGAUACGACUCUACCUACUUUGACCUUCCGGUAUUUCCUGCUCUCCGUCAUCUUCGUUAUACCCGGAGCCUUUCUGUCUGCUAUGAACAACUUCCGAACCACAUACGCGCCUUACUCCGUCUUCUUCGUUCAAAUUGCUACCAACUAUGUCGGUCUAUGGCUUGCACGCGUCCUCCCCGCUCGCCAAAUUCAGAUUCCUUUCACCAAGCGCAGCUUUUCCCUGAAUCCUGGGCCAUGGUCGAUAAAGGAACACGUUCUUGUUACCAUAACAGCAGCAUCCGGCGCGACUGGUAACCUGGCUGUUGGCCCUAUCGCCCUUGGGGAUCUCUACUUCAACACACGACUUCACCCCGCGGCCGCCAUCUUUUUCAUGUGGUCCAUCGAUGCUGUGGGCUAUUCCUUCGCCGCAAUCGCCCGCCAGGUAUUACUAUACGAACCUGCAUACCCGUGGUUCCAGGCGCUGUGUCAAACCGCUCUUUUCGAAACACAGAGCAAGCAGAACAAAAACCCGGGUCCCACCGCUCGAAAGCAGAUGCGCGUUUUCUGGUUGGUGCUCCUUGGCGUUACUCUAUGGCAAUUCUUGCCCGAGUAUGUGUUCCCGAUGUUAAGUUCCAUGGCAUUCCUAUGCUGGGUUGCUCCUCACAAUCCCACCGCCAAUUUCCUUGGGUCCGGCCUCGGUGGUAUGGGUUUCCUUAACCUAAGCUUCGACUGGGCCAAUAUCUCCAACUACCUCGCUGGUGUCCCGCUAUUUUUGAGUCCCUGGUGGUCGCAAGUCGUUUUAUUCUUUUCCUUCUUCCUGUCUUGCUGGGUCUUACUUCCUGCUGCGAAAUGGGGAGGGCUGGGCAACUAUCCCCACUGUCUUAUGACGAAUCGAGCUUGCACGGCCGAUGGUUCUAGAUACCCCGUCACCGACCUUGUUACUGGCCAGGAUACCUUCAAUCAGACAGCUUACGAAGAGAACGGACCGCUUCAUCUUGGUGUCCAUUACUUAUGGGCUAUUUUCUUCGACUACGCAUCAUACGUUUCUGCAUAUGCCUGGAUUGCCUUUUUCGGAGCUAGCCAAAUUAAGGAGGCAUAUAAGAAGUUCCGUACCCGCCAGAAAGUCAAGGGGCAAGGAAUCAAUCAUCAAUGACACGGAUCGACUCAACGUACUUAUGCGAUCGUACCCAGAGGUUCCUCUCUGGUGGUAUGUCACGUUAUUCCUAUGCAGUUUCGCAUCCAUUAUGACAAUGGCCGGUCUGAAUUUAAUCUACGUUCCCUGGUGGACUGUGUUGGUGGCCUUAGCGACAGGAGCUCUGAUCGUCGUGCCGCUCGGCUGGUUAUACGCUA